AUGGCCUUCAUCCCUGGCCUCCAGGCCCACAGCCCCACCCGGAGAGGACAGCGGCAGGUUUGGGUGUCCGUGCUGGUGCUCUUUGCCCUGGCCUUCCUCACCUGUGUCGUCUUCCUGGUCGUCUACAAGGUGUACAAGUAUGACCGUGCCUGCCCCGACGGCUUCGUCCUCAAGAACACCCAGUGCAUCCCAGGAGGCUUGGAGAGCUACUACGCGGAGCAAGACUCCAACGCUCGGGAGAAAUUUUACACCGUCAUCAACCACUACAACCUGGCCAAGCAGAGCAUCACCCGCUCGGUGUCACCGUGGAUGUCAGUUCUGUCAGAAGAGAAGCUCUCAGAGCAGGAGACUGAGGCUGCUGAGAAAUCCGCUUAGCGAGAUGGGCAGGUUCCUUACAGUGUCACUUGAAGGUAACAAAGGGACUUUGAGGGACAUUUCAUUAGAUAUAAUUACUGAUAAUUUAGAGGUUACUCAUGUACGGUGCAACUGCUUCUGUUUGCUAAGGCUGCUCUGCAAACACAGCUUGCUGCAGACCACCCACGGGCAUCAAAUCAAGUGCAUAUCAGCAUUGCUUAAAGAGCUCUGACACCACUUCCCAUGGUAAAGAAUCUUAAUUUAGCGACUUUACUGGGAUUUAUUGGAUGCUGU